AACGACCGGCUGAACGUGGACCGUUUCCGUGCCCUGGCCGUUGGCAUGUCACGACGCCCCCUUCGUGUGCGCGGCCCGGGAGAAGCAGCGCAUGUGCGCCGCCCCGGAUCCCACCACACCAACCGCUGAAGCGGAGCCUCGAUCCGUAGGAUAGUUCCUUCGUUCGUUCGUUGGUUGGUUGUGGCAGUCCUGUACGUGCCCUCCUACCAGCUCGCGUGAAGACCAGCUGUCUGUUCCCGAAUCGGGCAGCCAUGGUUGACCCAUGGCACCUUGCCACCACUUUUGCUAGUCAGUAAACGAGAGGAACGGAUAUCAAAUUGUCAAGUGCUCUCGGCCUCUCACUUGCAUGCUCCAAAGAGCGCGCGCUCGGCUCGGCUCGGCUCUUCUCUGAUUCUCUUCUCUUCCACGACCGGUUCGUUUCGCGCUGAUCGGAUCCCGAGGAAUUAUUGGUGCGCGCAGCACGCGACCCGCUUGUGUGCUUUACUAAUCAUCCCCGCACGGUCGGUCACCACCGUGCAGAGCGGUGCGGUGCGGUGCGGUUUGGCGUCGGCGCGAGCUCGCAGAGACAUGCUCUGAGAGGGAGGCUGCAACUGGAAGCCCCCGAUUCCGAAGCGAGCAUGAGGACGAUGAUCCGGCUCCUCCUCCUGGUCGCGGCCGUCUGCUGCUUCUCCCCCUCCGGCUGCGUCGCCGCCAGCGACAGCAUCGACGUGGCCGCGUCCGUCGCCGGCAACCAGACGCUGGUGUCGGCGCGCGGGAUCUUCGAGCUCGGCUUCUUCAGCCCGCCCGGCGGCCGGACGUACCUCGGCAUCUGGUAUGCGGGCAUCCCCAACAGGACCGUCGUGUGGGUCGCCAACCGCAACGACCCGCUCGUCAGCGGCCCCGGCGUCCUCCGCCUCUCCCCCGACGGCCGCCUCCUCGUCCUCGACCGCCAGAACAGCACCGUCUGGUCCUCCCCGGCGCCCACCAGCCGCCUGACCGCGGGCGCCGUCGCUCGGCUCGGCGACAACGGCAACUUCCUCCUGAGCUCGGACGGGAGCGGCUCGCCCCAGAGCGUGGCGUGGCAGAGCUUCGACUACCCGACGGACACGCUGCUCCCGGGCAUGAAGCUCGGGGUGGAUGUCAAGAGGGGCCUCACCAGGAACCUCACGUCGUGGAGCAGCCCCACCGACCCCUCGCCGGGGCAGUACACGUUCAAGCUCGUCCCCGGCGGGCUCCCGGAGUUCUUCCUCUUCCAGGGCACCGACAAAAUCUACGCCAGCGGGCCGUUCAACGGCGCCGGGCUCACCGGCGUGCCCAACCUCAAGUCCAAGGACUUCCUCUUCGCCGUCGUGGACAGCCCCGACGAGACGUACUACAGCUACUCCAUCACCAACCCGUCGCUGCUGCGGUCGCGGUUCCUCAUGGACGGCACGGCGGGGCGGGUGCAGCGCUACGUCUGGGCCAGCGGCCAGAGCCAGUGGAGCAGCUUCUGGUACUACCCGACCGACCCAUGCGACACCUACGGCUAUUGCGGGGCGUUCGGGUACUGCGACAUGAGCCUCAACCCGCUCUGCAGCUGCCUGCCGGGGUUCCAGCCGCGGUCGACGGAGCAGUGGAACCUCCGGGACGGGACCGGCGGGUGCGUCAGGACGACCAACCUGAGCUGCGGCGCCGGGGACGGGUUCUGGCCGGUGAACCGGAUGAAGCUGCCGGAGGCGACCAACGCGACGGUGUAUGCCGACAUGACGCUGGACCGGUGCAGGCAUGUGUGCCUGGCUAACUGCAGCUGCAGAGCCUACUCCGCCGCGAACGUCAGCGGCGGGAUCAACCGCGGGUGCGUCAUCUGGGGCAUCGAUCUGAUGGACAUGAGGCAGUAUCCGGACGUCGUGCAGGACGUGUACAUCCGGCUCGCGCAGUCUGAGGUUGACGCCUUGAUUGCCGCAGCUAGCCGCCAGCGCCCAAACAGGAAGCUGCUGGUCGCAGGCGUCGCUACUGCGUCCGUCGUGCUUCUUCUGGGCGUGAUUUUCGGCUGCUGCUGUUUCUGGAGGGCCAGGGCAAGGAAGAAGCGUCAGGCCAAAACGGCGCCAAGUAGUCAUGACGACGUGCUUCCGCUGAGGCACAGGAAGCACCCGGCGGCGAGCCCGGCACGGAAUCAACGGCUGGAGGAGAGCAGGAUGGGUUCGGAAAAAGAUCUUGACCUUCCCUUCUACGAUCUAGAAGUGAUUCUCACUGCAACGGAUGACUUCUCCCCGGAUUGUAAGAUAGGGCAGGGUGGAUUUGGUUCCGUCUAUAUGGGAAAACUUGAGGACGGACAAGAAGUAGCUGUCAAGAGGUUAUCCAAGAAAUCGGUGCAGGGUGUUGGGGAAUUCAAGAACGAGGUGAAACUGAUAGCAAAGCUUCAGCAUAGGAACCUUGUGAAGCUGCUCGGUUGCUGCAUCGAUGAUGACGAGAGAAUGUUGGUCUACGAGUUCAUGCCCAACAACAGCCUAGACACGUUCAUAUUUGAUGAAGAAAAGCGCAAGAUAUUAGUAUGGAAGAACCGUUUUGAGAUCAUUCUAGGGAUUGCGAGGGGUCUGCUUUAUCUCCAUGAAGAUUCAAGGGUCAGGAUCAUCCAUAGGGAUAUGAAGGCAAGCAAUGUGUUAUUAGACAGAAAUAUGAUCCCCAAAAUCUCCGACUUUGGCAUCGCGAGAAUGUUUGGAGGUGAUCAGACAACUGAAUAUACCAUGAAGGUCAUCGGGACAUACGGCUACAUGUCUCCGGAAUAUGCAAUGGACGGCGUGUUCUCUAUGAAGUCUGAUAUCUACAGCUUCGGCGUCCUGGUGAUAGAGAUCAUCACUGGCAAGAGGAAUCGAGGCUUUUACGACGAUGAGCUUGAUCUCAACCUCCUUGGUUAUGCUUGGAUGUUGUGGAAAGAAGGUCGGGGUGUGGAGCUACUGGAUGAAGCAAUGGGCGGCACCUUUGACUACGAUGUGGUGCUCAGGUGCAUACAGGUCGCUCUGCUGUGUGUUCAAGUGCAUCCUAGGAGCAGGCCACUGAUGUCCUCAGUUGUCAUGCUGCUGAGCAGUGAGAAUGCAACAAUGCCAGAGCCAAACGAGCCUGGAGUAAACAUUGGGAAGAACACGUCUGACACUGAAUCGUCUCAAACCCAGACAGCAAUGAGUUUAACAGAAACUGCAAUAGAUGCUAGGUAGUUUAGGGUACGAAUUCUUGUUGAUUUGUUGCUCUAAAGGAAUAGUUUGUACAGCAUAUCUAGGCAUUUAUAUUUUACCUAUCGUCACAACCUCUUGGAAUGUUUUAACUAGGACAUGCAAAGUUUAAUAACUCAUCAAAGAGCUACAUCAUUGCAUAAUAAACAUAUGCGUUUAUUUUCA